CACCGGAGCGUUGAGGUGCGCGGACGUCGAAAAUGUUAGUGUUUUUGUUUUUGUUCGCGAUUGCGUAUGCGCAAGAUAAUCUCUCUGUAAACACGACGCAAGGUGUUGUUAUCGGCAGCCGUGCUAGCGAUGGAAACUAUUAUUCGUUUUAUGGAAUACAUUAUGCCGGCUCCACGGCUGGGCAAAAUCGAUUCAAGGCACCUACACCAGCACCUGUAUAUCCUGGAGACUACCAUGCCAUAGAUACAAAAAUCAUUUGCGCCCAGCCUACAUCCAGAGGUCUUGUUGGAGUCGAAGACUGUUUGGUUCUCAAUGUUUUCACACCGAAUGCAACCACCAAAGACAGACCGGUGCUUGUCUGGCUUGAAAGUGAACAAUACACUACCACUAGACAAAAGUUGUACUCUGUAAAGAAACUUGUAGAGGAGGACUUAGUGGUCGUUUCAAUGAAUUACAGGCUAUCAAUAUUCGGAUUUCUCUGUUUAGGUGUGCCAGACGCACCAGGUAAUGCUGGCCUUAAAGAUGUUAUCCAAGGAUUACAAUGGAUUAAGAACAAUAUAGCUGGUUUUGGUGGGAAUCCAAAUAAUGUUGUAUUGCUUGGACAUAGUUCAGGUGCUGCAAUUGCCGAAUUGAUAACUUUAUCGCCUCUAUCACAAGGUUUAGUUCACAAAGUCAUCGCUAUUAGUGGAUCAGCACUAUCUCCCUGGGCGGUAGCAUAUGAACCAAUCAAAUAUGCAGAAAGUUUAGGCGAGAAACUUCAAUAUGUUGGUAAAUCACGAGCACAACUCGCUGCAGCGUUUGCCUCAACCGAUAUAAAUGUCCUUGCACCUGUACUAAAUGACUUUGAGUUCUUUAACAACACCCCCCUUUUUGCACCGUGUAUUGAAGAUAGGAAUCUCAAUAUAAACGAUAGUGUUUUAACCGACGCUCCUAUAAAUCUAUUACGCAAUGGCAAUUACAGUCACGUUCCAUAUAUUGCUGCUUUUGUUGAUAAGGAAGGUACCAUAAGGGCAGAACAAGCAGCUUUCCGUAAUUGGUUGAACAAAAUGCAAAACAAUUUUACAGACUUUGUCCAAGUCGAUCUUAAAUUUGAAUCGGCGCAAAAUAAGUCAGCUGUAGCCCAAUCAAUCAGGGAAUAUUAUUUUGCACAGAGAGCAAUCAAUAUGGAAACUAUUGAAGAUUUCUUAGAUUAUCAAGGAGAUACAAUGAUACUAGUUUCUGUGAUAAGAGGAAUAGCAGAAAGAGCGGCAACCUCGAGGUCUCCAGUGAGAUUGCUUGAGUUUGCCUUCCGUGGAACCCAUCACUCAGAUUGGGCUUAUCCCCAAAUACCAGUAACUGGAGCUAAGCAUGGUGCGAUGCUAAACUAUCUUUUUGACUUUGAUUUACGUUCAGGCGACUAUCCUGUACAGAACUCGUUAUUGAAACGUUUCUCUGCAUUUGCCAGAAAUGGUGACCCAAACCCAGCAAACACAGCAGUUGUUUGGAAUCCUUAUACAGCAGCUUCUACAAUAACAUUGCGUCUCAGUGGAGAAGAUACCAUAUCAUCUAGCCAUAGUUUCCAAGAAGAAGUGAGGGUGAACGUCCAUCAACAAAGAAUGGGAUUUUGGAAUAACAUAUUUGCCAUACACUAUACCCCGCCGCAGGCUUCCUCAGCAGCUAGGAUUAUAAGUCUCACUUUAGUUCUUAUUUCGUGUGUGCUAGCGUUGAAAUUGUUAUAAUAUUUUUUAUGAAUUUUAAGUGUUAGGCCUUAAGAAUACAGUGUUAAAUUGCAUCAUUAUUUAAAGCAUUUUGUGACGGAAAAGAGCGAUGUUUUGCGAUAAGUUUAUUUGGGACGAUUUAAUCAAACAGUAUUUUUUCGAAUACGUAUAAAAAACGUUUAAAUUUAAGAUAUACUAAUAUAAAUUGAGAAUCAUUUUAGCAAAUUGAGCAUUUAAUGCAAUAUUGAUAAGGACUUUUGUGUUUGUUGAUUUACUUAAUUAUUGCGUUAUCGUAUCCACUCACGACUAUUAAAUGUAAGAAAGAACGUGACCAAAUUAAUAGUUAUUAUAUCGUUUUUGUAGUAUUCAUAAAGGUUAGUUACUUUUACUAGCUGUAAAUCUAGACAAAAUAAAAUAAAAUCGUUUUUUGUUA